UGGCCUUGGCUGGCCGCUGUAAUGCUUCCAGGCAUCUGUGCAAAGGAGUUUGGUGUAUUUAGAGCUUUUCAGGAAGAGAAGCUGUUUGCUGGCCUCCAGGGUUGCUUUGUAUUAGCGCCGUAAGUGAAGAGUGCUAAUGGCAAUCAAGCAAGCUGCCAGCUUCCCUGCGAUGACCAGCCUGGUGACGCUGUAGCUGGAAUGUGCUUGUGCUGCCAGGGGAUUUCAGCGUGGUGCUGGUGGGUCAAGGUGAUCCCGGAAGAUUGAUCUCCUCGCGGAACUCAGGAGCUGAUGCAUCCCCCUUUCUUGCUCCGAUGCCGGACUCCUGCAUCCCAGGGUCCUUUCACUGCUGCUGGGAAUGAGGGACUUUCCUGGCCAUCAGUGCUCAGCCUCGCUUGCCACAGGAGAGAUUUCACAUCAGUGGUUGCAGCUGAGCAGCGCACUGCCCAGUAUGGCUGGCUGGUUUAGGUGGCUCCUGCGCAAGCCCAAGCCCAGCUCAGUGGAGAGCAGCCUCAGCACCAGUCACUCUGCUUCAUCCUCACCACCUUCUUCCUCCUCAUCCUCUGCUGAGAGCUCCAGCUUUUCUUCCAGCAUGAGCCUGUCCAGGUCCAUCCGCCCAUCACCCAUGUCGGUGUUGGACAUCAGCGCCUCAGGUAGCGCCCGGUGGGCCAAGAGCUAUGAUGUCUGCAUCUGCCACAGUGAGGUGGACCUGGAGUUGGUGGAGGAGCUGGUCUCCUACCUGGAGAGUCAACCCGAAAGCUUCCGUUGCUUCCUCCAGCUGCGGGAUGCAGCACCGGGAAGUGCGGUGGUGACGGAGCUGUGCGAUGCUGUGCAAAACAGCCACUGCUGGGUCAUGCUCAUCACCCCCGGUUUCCUCCAGGACCCUUGGUGCAAGUACCAGAUGCACCAGGCGUUGGCUGAAGCCCCACUGGCCAACGGGCGCACUAUCCCGGUCUUGAAGGAUGUGGAUCGGAAGGAUUAUCCCAAGGAGCUGCGAAGCCUCUACUACAUCUACAUGGCACUGAAGGAGAACAGCUUCAGGCAGAUCAGGGACACCAUCAUGCACUACCUCCAGGAGCUGUGCCAGAGCUCCACAAGCAGGACAGAUUAGUGCCAGGAGCCAGCAGCGGUGUCUCAGAGCUGCCACCACCGGAUCUGGGUGCGGCCAUGUCUUGAUGGACCUUGGGGGACAAAGCUGAGCCCCUUGGACCAGACCUGGGAACCAAAGAUGGGGAGAUCCUCACACCCGUGGGGGUACAGUGGUGUGAAGCCUGCCGCAUCCUGGUGAUGUGACUGCUGUCCCAGUGGCCAGCACCCCCUCGGUGGGGACAGGACGUCCUCCAGCAGGUCCUCGCUGCUGAUCACACAAACACUAAACUCCGAUGUUGGGUGGCACUGGAGGGUCGUCGGAGCUUCUUACAGUGGCAUUCCCCUGGGGUGAGGACCUGUCCUGGGGGGCUCUGACCCCGCUAGCGCUCCCAGUAAGCUGAUGUGGUGCCUGCCUUCCGGUGCUGGGCAGGAAGAGGAGGGGCAGGCACUGGCGGUGUCUUUGCACGGGUUUGUUGGGACUAUGAAAAUGGAGAAGUUGUAAUUUUGGUGGUGGGUU